AAUUAAUUUAAAAUUAAACUAUAAAUCUUUUUGUUUUUUUAUAGUUUAUUAUUAUAGAAAAUAAAUAAAGUUUUAAUUAUAAUAAUUGUUAUAAUAGAAGUAAUAAUAAAUUUUUAUAUUUUUAUUUAUUAUAUUAUUUUAUUUAAUUUAAUUUAAUUUAAAAAAUAAAUGGAAAUUUUAAUAAAUAAUAAUAACAAUAAUAGUACUAUUAAUAAUAUUAAUAAUGUUAAUAAUAAUAAUAAAAAUAUAAAUCAGUAUAGUAAUAAUAGUGAUAAUAAAAUAAUGAACGAAAAUGAUAUUUUCAAUAAUAAUAAUAACGAAUUAAUUACAAAAAUACCAAGAGAGGUGUGGAUUCAUAUUCUUGGUUAUUUAAAUGAAAAGGAUUUAUUAAAUGUUUCUUUUGUUGAUUCAUUUUUAUAUCAAAUUUCUCAAGAUAAUUUUUUAUGGAAACCCUUAUAUCUAAAGAAAUGGAAUGUAAUAACUUUACCGCAUAAAAAAAGAAUCUCGAUAGAUAAGAAUUUAAACUCUAAUAAUAAAAGAAUCAAUACUAAUAAACCAGCAAACAACAACCCCACAACAACAGAUGAAAAUAAUAACAAUUUUUCAUUAAACGAAUUAAGUGAAUAUUAUAAAAAUAUUAAUAAUAGUAAUAUAUUAGAUAAUAAUAAUAAUAAUAACAAUAUGUAUAAUUUAUUUGAUAAUAAUUUUAAUAAUAGUUAUUUAAAUUUUAACUUUAAUAAUGUCGAUAAUUCAAUUAAUCAUAAUUUAAAUAAUUUUGUUCAAAAAAUAUUUAAACCAAAACUAAAUAUUUAUAAUAUAAAUAAUAAUGAUAAUCAAGAAUCUUUUAUGAACCAUUUGCCAAUAUGGAAGUCUUUAUAUAGAGAAAGGAAAUUAAUUGUAAAAGAAGGAGGUAUCGAAGAAUUUUAUCAUCUACUGGAAACAUUAAUAGCAUAUCCACUAGAGUUUAACAGAAAAGCGAUGAUGACCAUGUACACAAUAGUGUUUCAAUUAUGUAUUGUAAACUACCGAAUGAUGAACUACCUAUUGCCACCCAUGGAUCUUUAUAGAAUGUUAGUAGAGUGUUGCCACAAUCACCUAAUGAAAAUCUUUAAUGAAUCUAUUCUAUAUGAAGAUGGUCCUCAAUUAAUAAGGUUUUACCUUCACCACUGGAACAACUAUAUUCAUUCAAUUAAACGUAUCAAUAUUGUAUUCAGUUAUUUUCAUAGAGAUUGGAUAAGUAAGCAAGGCGAAGAUAUUUUAGCAAGACCGCUCUCCUUUAAUUUAAAAGGUGCAAAUUGUUGGUGGAAUAAAAUGCUUCAUGGAGGAAAUACACCAAAUGAUCCAUUAGCUUUUGUUCAUUUAACAACAAUGAUGGCAAGAGGGUGGUUUACUGUUUUCUUUUCACAACUUCAAUUUGAUGAAUCAGAUUUAGAUGACCUACCAAACGAUCCAUCAUUACAACCACCACCACAGCCACAAUCACAAUCACAGCUACCACCACAGCCACAACCUCAACCUCAACCUCAAUCUCAACCCCAACCUGAACAGUCACAACAACAUGCUCAACCACAACCUCAGCAAAAGUUUAAUAGACUAUUUAAUGCAUUGGAUAAGUGUAGAGAUAAAAAUGACUAUCAUUUAAUCAGUAACCUAUUUAAAGUCAAUGGCUACAGCUACAUGAAUUUUAUUAUCUAAUGGUGACGAAUCAUCAACAUCCUUAUCAACAGCUUCAUCAUCUAACAUAAUUCACCAAAUAAUAGUUCAACCAAUCUCCACUUCCCUAUAUUCACUUCAAUAUAUAACAUUCUUAAAGUAUAUAAUCCAAAUAAACAUAGUUGUGCAAGAGAUAAUAAUAUUGAUAUAAUAAUAAAAAAAUGUAACAGUAAUGUCUAUAAUAACCUAAACCAAAACAAUAAUAUCAAUUACAAUAUCAAUAACUCUCUUUACAACUUUUAUCAACAACAACAAAUGAAUAGUUUCAUCUACAAUGAUAAUAGUUCCAAUUUUUAUAUAAACCCACAAAACACCUUUUUUCAACAAGGCUAUCAGCAAUUUCAGCAAUAUCAACAUAAUCAACAAAAUAAUAUUUUUACAUUCACCGAUCAAAAUUUCGUUUCUAGCUCCUCUUCUUCAUUAUCAAACUUAAGUAAUAACAACGAGACAUGUCAGUUUUGCUGUGUUUUUAAUUCAAACCCACCUUCUUUGUGUGAUGAAAAAAUGAACAAAAUGUUAAAAAAAUGCUUUGUCCAGCUACUACUUAAUCAUAUUUUAAAAAAAAAUAAAUAAAAAAAAAUUUUUUGCAUCUUUUUUUUUUAUUAAAAAUUUCAAAAAAAAAAAAAAUUAAAAAAUAAAAUUAAAAAAAAUAU